ACGGAGGCGGAGCCGCGUCAUGGCCGCCGGGCGCCUCCCGCCGGGCGCGCUCAGCCUCAAGCAGUUCCUGAGGCGGCAGCAGGUCCUUCAGUUGUACCGCAAGAUCCUGCGGGCUAUCCGGGAGGUCCCUGCUGAACAGGAUCGCCGCUACUUGAGGGACUGGGCCAGGGAGGAGUUCAAGAGAAAUAAGGACGCUACGGAAGAGGAUGCAAUCAGGAUGAUGAUUACUCAGGGCAACAUGCAACUGCAGGAACUUCAGAGAACACUUAAGCUGGCAAAAUCCUGACACCGAUUUUGUUUACAGUUGGACUUUCGUCUGCUGCGAAGAAGAAUGGUGUUUUUUCCAGAAUGUGGUUAUAAUGGCAGCUUUUGCUGGCAACUUGGUAAAGUUUGAAGGGGAAAUCUACUACAGUGGGGAUGUUGUUUGGUUUUUCCCCUUCUCCUUUCACUUCUUGGUUUGGUUACUUUCCUAUGUGGAAAUCAAACAUAAAGAACUGAAUGGAUGACAUAGCAUGUGCUGUGGGAAAAGCAGAAAGCACCAAAAAUUUCAACAGCAGUGUAACACACCUGUGAAAUAGAAAAGAAAUACAAACCAGAUUUUUUUUUGUCUAUUUUUUACUGUGGUAACUGUAGGUGGCAACACUGAUAGUGCUAACAGCUCUCCACAUACUGUGCCAAGGAUUUUUACUAAAAUUUAUGAUGGAAAAAGCAUUUGGGAUAAAUAAAUGGGCCCAGAAAAAAUAAACGUGACAAAACUUUGAAGAA